GUGACCCUUUCCCGAGCGGAGUUUCCACGACAGCUGGAAGCCGAGCGGCACGGGCGCACCGCUUCUCUGCUAAAAUUAUAGGAAAUAACACGGCUGCUGCUCGUCUCACCACCUCCAGAUAAACCCCGGUCUGGCAUGGGCGACAAGAGGAGUCCCACAAGGCCGAAGCGUCAACCGAAGCCCUCCGACGAGGGGUUCUGGGACUGCAGCGUGUGCACGUACAAGAACACGGCGGAAGCUUUUAAGUGCAUGAUGUGUGAUGUCAGGAAGGGGACGUCAACAAGGAAGCCUCGACCCGUCUCCCAGCUCGUCUCGCAGCAGCAGGUAACGCAGCAGUUUGUGUUGCCCCUGCAGCCCAAAAAGGAAAAGAAGGAAAGAGUGGAGCGGGAGAAGAGCGACCGAGAGCCGGCACUCAAGAAGAACAGCCACAAGAAGAUGAGGCCAAGGUUAAAAAACAUCGACCGGAGCAGCGCGCAGCACCUGGAGGUGACGGUUGGGGACCUGACGGUCAUCAUAACGGACUUUAAGGAGAAGGCCAAGCCGUCGUCGGCCCCGGCGACGGCGUCCAGCACCGCGUCCACGGCCGACCUCCACAGCCAGAACGGCUCCAGCUCGGAGAACACGGAGAAGGGGCUCUCCCGCUCCUCCUCGCCCAGGGGGGAGGGCAGUUCCGUCAACGGGGAGUCCCACUGAGUCGCCCCCGCCUCCCCAUCCAUCCGCCCGUACCUCCACCCACCCACCCACAUCUCAUCCGUAGGCCCGCAGGUCACACAAAACCCUUUGACCCUUGAUAUUGCAAUUUCAAAAACUUGUGACCAAAUGCCGCCUUUUCAGGAGGUUUAAAGAUCUGCAUUAAGAAAAGUCCAUAUGAAAAGACCAUUUGCUCCGCGUUGGAAGACUUUACUGAUCUACAUCUUCACCUGAACGUUUGGUGCUAUUGAAAAAGAUCCCGCAGGCUUUCCCAGACAUUGCUCCCGGGAAUGUUCCCAAAGACUAAGCGCUUUUAUUCUGGACAAAGAACUUCCUCAGAACUGAUCUGAGCCGCGUCUGAAUAAAUGUUCGAGCGAGCUUGACUGUGCUUCGCGGUUUCCUUCGGAUGCAUCUGGCUGGUCAAGGCUCCUGUUCUUUUCUGCAAUGUUGUGCAGCCCCGACAUCCCCUUCAGUGGCCGCCGUCACCCUUCACCUACCCGAUGUGAACCCGAAGCACACAUUUCGCAUUCUGUGUCCCCUCACGCAACCUUUCGCUCCUGCUCUCGACUCCUCCACGCUUGUGCUAGCGGACUGCCUCUGCUGUGGGGGGGGGGACUAUAUUUUUUGGACAGAGCAUAGCGGAUGUACUCCUCCUGGCACCACACAGCGUUUUUUGGGAGGGGGGGGGUGUAAGGUAAUGUUCUGAGCGGGUUGAUUUGUUCAGGUAAUGAUUGUUGUGCCCGUAUAAGAGCAUCGGGCAGGUUUUGAUAAAAUGGUGCAGGAAGGUAUAGUAUAUGAUAUUAAAAGGAUGAUACUGGUGCCAUCAUCUACUCUCCUCCUCCUAUUACUCUCCUUGGUUUCUUUACACAGUCAUGCAUCUGUUAAGGUACAAUCAGGGUUACGUUCUCCUUGCCACCAUUCCUUUUAAACCGGACAAAAACCACAAACCGGCAUUAAGUGAUAUUUUUGCAGCUGAUACAGCGUUGUGAUUGACGGUCAAUCUUAAAGUGGUUGAUCGUUCCGUAUCUGUCACAGUUUAAAGUACACAAUACUGACAAAAUGUGACACUAAUCACGGGCGUCGCACACAGUCGGGACAGUCAGUCCCACGGCCACCACAGAAGAAGAUGCAAAUAAGGCAUCGGUUCUGCACACAUCUGUGUUUCGAGGAAAGAAGGAGGUUGUUUUCGUUAUGAGGAACUAAACAAGGACGGCAGUAAAGGGACUGUAGCUGCUCCGCAAACAAAAGCUGCACCCACUCGGUGUCACAGUGGAGAACCGGGAGGUGCCUAUGCUGUUCUGCCCCCCCCCCUCCCAAACCAACCCCUCCUCCCUCUGUGUGGACCCAGUUUGGACACAGCAUGGUGCUUUUAAGACGCAUAAAGGAGCUUUUGACUUCUGGACACGUGAACGUGCCGCGCGACGGACUUGAGGAGCGUUUGAAAUUCCUCUGUUUUGACUCGGGGGGGGGGGGGAGCUUUAGAAUACACUGAACCCUCAGCAGAGCCACCAUUGGGAUCGACCCGACUACACACUAACUUAUGAAACCUGUAGAUUAAUACACAGAUGAAAUGGCUAUUUCUAAAAUAUUGUACUACAACGUUUUGAUGUGGUUGUAUUAUCCAUCAUAGCAGUGUUGUUGUCGUCGAGAAUUUUACGUUUUUGACAUUUUUAGCACAGAUCCUGAGAAACUGUCACGGCAUGAUGAUUAUAUUGCGGUCUCGGUAUAUUGUGGGACAGGCUGCGUCUCUUUUUAGUUUGUAAAGCAUCGUUGUAUGUUUCCGAGAUGUCAGCGGGCCGCCGCGCUAGCUGGGACUAGCUGCGUGGGCCCGCGGCACCCGUUCCCCACAGAUGUCCGUUCCUUUGGCCGUGGCAGACACGGAAAGGACUUAAAUAUAUGUUUUGGUUGUCACCUGUUAAAUCUUUUUUUUUUUGCUUCAGUUGUUUUAAAAUGUGUAAACUUGUUUAUUAUAUGUCUGAAUAAGAAAAAUGCAAAAGUAA